AUGGCCAAACUAGAGAUUUCCAUCCCCGAUCUAACCUUGCCCGAUGGCCACAAGAUACCGAGGAUCGGGUAUGGGGUCGGAACAGCAUGGUACAAAUCCGAUGCCAAAGCUCCCAAAGACCAGAAGUGCAUCGACGCCACGAAGACCGCCAUCAAGAUUGGGUACAGGCAUCUCGAUGGAGCUGAAAUGUACAAUACCGAGGAAGAGCUAGGUGAUGCCAUCAAGCAAAGUAAAGUUCCGAGAGAGGAGCUCUUCGUGACUACCAAAGUUCACACCCAUAUCGAUGAUAUCCCUGCGGCUAUCGACCGGAGUUUAAAGAAGCUAGGACUGAAAUAUGUCGACCUGUACCUGAUCCAUGCUCCAUUCUUUGCCAAAGGGGACAACAAGUUGCUGCAGCAAAAGUGGGCGGACAUGGAACAGGUGCUAGCUUCCGGAAAGGCCAAAAGUAUCGGAGUGAGCAACUUCUUGAAACCUCACCUCGAUGCUAUCUUGGAGACUGCCAAAGUGCGCCCCGCGAUCAACCAGAUCGAGUUUCAUCCAUAUCUGCAACACGGAGACCUGCUUGCGUACCACAAGAAUAAGGACAUCAGGGUGUCAGCAUAUGCGCCCCUGACACCUAUUGUCCGUGCCAAGGGUGGUCCUCUUGAUGGACUGUUAGAGUCGCUGGCCAAGAAAUAUGCAGUCAGUCCUGGAGAGAUCCUCCUGAGAUGGUGUCUUGACCAGGAUGUGAUUCCGAUAACCACCAGUUCGAACGAGCAACGACUGAGUGACUAUUUGAGAGCUUUCACAUUCCAGCUGACUCCCAAAGAGGUUGAGCAAAUAUCCGAAGUCGGAAAUACACAUCACUACCGGGCUUUCUGGAACGAUGUGUUCAGCCCCAAUGAUCGCUCCUGA